UUAUGUGGCCGGAAGUUGUCGUUUAGUCAGGCAGAUCAGAUGUCGUUAAUGCAGCGGUGUUGUGCAGUUUGGUGUAUUCGUUUUUAUUUCAGUAACUACCUUUAACGUUACUGGAGUGGGAUUACCAUCAACCCGUCGAGCUGUGAGUUUACUUGGUGAGUGUCGUGGAUGUAACUAGCUCGGCUGUCGUGAACAGCGGGAACGCUGCCUGUCUGUCUCAGAGAUGACAUUAACGCCGCCGUAAGGAUGCGGUAGGGUGGCGCAGCGGGAAUGGUGUGUGCGUCACCUCUGCUUGUCCACGCGUGAAGUGCUGCCAAGCAACCACCUGGAUCAGCAUGAAGGCCGUGGGGUCCAGGUUCUCCUUUUACGCGGGGUUCGUCGUGGGGACUUUCACCCUGUACGUGUUCCUGCGGCAGGUGUGGUUUGAGCGGACGGACACGCGCGGCUUUGCUGAUCCGGGUGAAUUUCAGCAACAACUGGAGGAAGAAAAUAAAAUCUGGAAGAAGGAGAGAUCAGCACUUUUCAACCUAAAGCACCCACACCACAUAGGUGAGGACAGCCACUUGGCUGAUGCCUUGUAUAAAAAGGUGCGCAUCCUUUGUUGGGUUAUGACUGGACCCAACAACCUGGAGAAGAAGGCUCGUCACGUGAAGUACACGUGGAGUCGCCACUGCAAUAUAGUGAUCUUCAUGAGCUCUGUGGACGACCCGGACUUUCCUACGGUGGGAUUAGGAACAAAGGAAGGGCGUGAUCAGCUGUACUGGAAAACAAUACGAGCCUUCCAUUAUGCCUACGAGCAUCAUGCAGAAGAGGCAGACUGGUUCCUCAAAGCAGACGAUGACACUUACGUCAUCGUGGACAACCUGCGCUGGAUCCUUGCCAACUACACGGCUCAAGACCCCAUUUACUUUGGACGGCGGUUCAAGCCCUAUGCCAAGCAGGGAUACAUGAGCGGCGGUGCGGGCUACGUGCUGAGCAGGGAAGCUCUGCGGAGGUUUGUGGAAGGCUUUCAAAGCAAAGUGUGCACUCACACUACCUCUGUGGAGGAUCUGGCCAUGGGGCAGUGCAUGGAGAAGGUGGGAGUGAAGGCGGGAGACUCCAGAGACUCUGCACACAGGGAGACUUUUCACCCAUUUGUGCCGGAGUCGCACCUCACUGGCAAGUUUCCAAAGAGUUUCUGGUACUGGAGUUACUGCUACUACCCCAUUGUAGAGGGCCCUCAAUGCUGCUCGGAUCUGUCCGUGUCCUUUCAUUACGUGGACGCUGCAGGCAUGUAUCUGUUGGAGUACUAUGCCUACCACCUGCGUGCCUUUGGCUACAGACACCGGUACCAGUCCCCCACCCCAAAAGGUUUGAGACUGGAACAGUCCGGAAAGCAUCAACAUGAGCUGACCUCUCAGGAAAAAGAGCGAGGGCAGGUGGAGCACAAAGAAGAUGGCCCCCCCGGAGAUGCUCGGGAGCCUCCGGCAGCUCCACAGGAGGGAAACUGACACUCGUGCUGUGCAGGUGUGUUGAGGGAGCCUGUUUCAGUCCGUCAUGACGUCCCUGGCUCAGAAAAUUGGUCUUCUGUAAUCGAAGUUUAAUUUGCACAAAAGCAAAAGUUGAAGGACUGCUUUUCAUGUCAACUGUGACUGCAAGACUGUUCCUGGUGUUCCUGACCGGUGGGCUGGCUUUACCUUUGUCUUAACGGGCGUCUUCUUUAAAGGCGGGGCCUUUUCUGAGCCUGCUGCUCUCAUUGUGGAGCUGAAGUGAACAGUUCAGGCGUUUCCCUUCCCACUUUCUUUGUUCAUUCUUCUGUUCUUCGUUACUGCUGUUGCAUCAAAACUACCACUCUGUUGUUUUCCAUCUGCUGGAGCAUCUGACCUCACUGAAGACGCUGUUUCAUCUGGACUAAAAACCCAAAUUCAUUCAUCGUAAACGAUUAAAUAUAGGUUUUUAAGUUUUGGUGCAGUGGUAUUGACGCAAACAACCCACCAAACAUGAAUUUGGCAGUGCUGUUAGUCCAUUUAUUGAUGAAAAACCUUUUUUUUUUAGGGACUGGGAGUGCAGUUGGGCGUUGUAAUUUUGACCUUUUUUGUGUUGUUCUUUUACUGAAAACUCUGAAGGGGAAGUGAAAGUGGGGAUAAAGGAAGGAAGUCUUUAAAUAAGAUGAGGUAAAGCGCCACGUAGUCAGAAGACGGUGCAAAAAAAGGAAACUAUUGACACCAAAAAGCAUGAACCAAAAAUGAUUUUUGGUACCAGCUCAGCUGGUAAACUAAAUGGUAGUACUGUCAAGUCACUUCUACUAUAAAGGACAAAAACAUUUGAGUUAAAGGCAACUAUUGAUAGUAUUUUAGUACUUAUAUCCAUAGAAACAGAAUUGACACAAUAGCUGGAAGUUCCAGCAUCACAUUUAGUUUUUUACAGUUUACUUGUUCUCAAAAAGUAAAAACAAACUUUUUUAAAGCAAAACCUGUAAAUGAAUGAAAUCUUGUUUUAAUUCUAAACCAGCAACAGAUUCCUGUGGGAGACUAGACAAAUCAGAAUUUCUAGAAGGUUGUUGUUUUUUCUUGUGGUCUCAGAGGUGGAUUUGUUGUUUUCAUAAUGACUAAAUGCUCAUGUGAAAUCAAACUUUUCUCAUGUCGCUCCGGUGGUUUGACCAAAACAAAGGAAACCCACGGGAUGGCGUUUGAUCUGCAGUCCUCCUGGAAGCCGCAGAGCCUGAAAACGGCAAACGGCCUUCAUUCCCAGAGAACUCCUGAGCUUGUGCCUUGUAGGAUGAGAUUGUAUGAGCCGUCUGCACACGGGACUUUACACUGUGACACUGUUGAAACAAAGAGUGCUGUGCUUCCAUCGCAUCCUAACGAAGUUUACUGUUUUAAUGUGCUUCAGAAAUACGUUACUGCUUCAUGAAGAGAAACGUUUCUUUUUCUCUUGUUUUCCUCCUCUUUUAUUUCCCUUUAGCAUAUGAAAUCAUUUGCUUUUAGAAAAAGAUGAGGUAUAUUUUGAAGUUAAAGUGUGUUUAAAAGGCCUUCACCUCGGCUGCUUUGGUGGUUUGAAACCCAACGGACGUCCAUUUAGACACAUUCAUAUCUGAGAGCUUUCAGAUUCAGAAGGAUUUUGACAGAAUGUUUUUUUCUGCACCAACGGCAUUCUUGCCAUUCUAACCACUUUCUUCUACUGUCUUUAGACCACAUUAAAUGA